GUAUAUAUAGGGAGGAAGUAUGGAUACUUUAAACAGUUAUUCAACAGACACUACACAAUGUUCAAGUUAGCACUUUCUUCCGUCCUUUUCGCAGCUGCCCUUGCCCGUCCUGAUGGAGCAAUCCCCAGCUAUGGACCCCCUCCUCCAGCAUACGCACCAGCACCUGCUUAUGCUCCUGCCCCAGAAUAUGUUGACGAAGCCCCCAAGUACGCAUUCACCUAUGCCGUAAAGGACGACUACACAUACACCAACUUUGACGCUGCUGAGCAGAGGGAUGGUUAUGACACCGCUGGGUCCUACAGGGUCGCCCUUCCUGAUGGCAGAACCCAGAUUGUUACUUACACCGCCAACAAGGAUGGAUUUGUAGCUGAUGUAAAGUAUGAGGGUGAGGCCACCUACCCUGAGUACAAACCUUCCUAUGCCCCUGCCCCCAAGGCUGCCUAUGCUCCUGCCCCUGCACCCAAGGCUUAUGCCCCUGCCCCUGCCUACGCCCCUGCACCCGCCUAUGCCCCCAAGCCUGCUUAUGCCCCUGCACCCGCCUACGCCCCUGCCCCUGCUGUGUACAGGACCUCUGGAAUCAAGUAUGCUGCUGCCCCUGCUCCUGCUGCCCCCGUUGUUGUCGAAGAAAUUGUCCCUGUUGUUGCUGAGGUAGAUCUCCGUACUGAUGACGCCCCAGUUGUUGAGGAAGUUGUUGUUGUUGAAGAGGCUGCUCCCAUCGUCGAAGCUGCUCCCGUUGAGGCUGCUCCCAUCGAAGAGGCUGCUCCCGCCGAGGAAUAAAUAUUCCAAGAAGCUUGAUCAUAAAAUCAAGAAUUCUAACGAAGCAAACCUUCCAAACUUCCUUAAACUACCCGGCUGUGCUUAAGUUGAACCAUGUCUAUAGUUUCAAUUUUACGGAACUGAAAAAAAAACUAUUUAAUAUUUAUUUUUCGAAAUAUUAAGUUAAUGAAAGUUAAUUUCUUGAAUAAAAUAUUUAUACUUGCA